GCUACAUGGCGCUUAGCACGUUCCACCGCCUUAGUAUAUAAGGAAAACUUGCGUUACGUUGCACCAGCAUUACUGAUCAUUUAGCCAUUGAUACAAGUGCGUUGCACAGGACGCGUAUCGUUUGACAGUGUCACACAAUAACAGAAGCGCGCGUGCUUUUGAGUGAUUAACUUGUAUUGUCGUGUGUGCGGAGUGCGGAAAAUAUUUAAUUAACUAUAUGUGUAAAUUGAAAAUUUUAAUUAUUUUAUAAAAAUAUUUUAAAUAAUGGAAGUGCCUGUGAGGGAAAGUCUUAUGUGGCGAGUUCUUCCUGCCCGCUACAUAUUAUCUGUUCUGGGCUCCAUAGGCUUUGCAAUAGUCUAUGGGUUGAAGGUGAAUCUCUCGGUCGCUAUGGUGGGGAUGCUGAACCAUACUGCACUCAAGAAGGCACAAGGGGUUUCUGAUGGACACGAUUCUGGAGGUCCGGCUGAAUGCACUCCCUCAGGUGGAAAUAGUAGUGUUACUGAAUUAGAUGGACCCUUGACAUGGUCGUCGGAGGUCCAGGGAAUCGUCCUCAGUUGCUACUUCUGGGGAUACUUCAUCUCACAAUUACCUGCCGCUCGGAUCGCAGAGCUGUACUCGGCGAAAUGGGUGAUGUUCUUCAGCGUAUUCAUAAAUGUGGUGUGCACACUACUGACCCCGGUCAUGUGUAACCUACACUACUCUGGCGUCGUCCUCAUGCGCAUCGGAGAGGGAAUUGGAGGGGGUGUGACAUUCCCAGCGAUGCACACGAUGCUGUCGAAAUGGGCGCCGCCCUCUGAGAGGAGUUUCAUGGCUGCACUGACUUACGCCGGGACUUCAUUAGGCACUGUGAUAUCGAUGCUUAUGGCCGGAGUACUCACCGCUAACGUUGGUUGGGAAAGUGUGUUCUACGUAAUGGGUGGUUUGUCCCUGAUCUGGUGUGUGCUAUGGGUGGUACUGGUGCAGGACUCACCUCAGCAACAAAGGUACAUGAACGCCGACGAAAGGACCAUGAUCCUUCAAGCUUUGGGUAAUCAGGAAGACCAAGGACAUAAGCAAAAGCAUCCGAUGCCAUGGGGAGCCGUGUUCAGGUCGCCAGCGUUCCUCGCGAUCCUGGUUGCGCACACCUGUUCCAACUUCGGCUGGUACAUGGUGCUCAUUGAGCUGCCCUUCUACAUGAAGCAAGUCCUCAAGUUUAACAUGACUGAGAAUGCGUUGGCAGUGUCUAUGCCGUUCCUGUCUCUCUGGUUCUUCAGCAUGAUCCUCAGUAGGACUCUGGACUGGUUGCGCGGGAAAAAGUUCAUCUCCACUUCCACGGCGAGAAAGAUUGCCACUAUGUUCGCAUCGCUUGUGCCGGCAGUAUGUCUGCUCGCUAUCUGCUACAUCGGAUGUAACCGCAGCGCGGCCGUAGCGCUCAUGACCGUAGCGGUCACCUCCAUCGGCGGCAUGUUUUGUGGUUUCCUGUCAAACCACAUCGAUAUUUCGCCCAACUUUGCUGGCACACUGAUGGCGCUCACCAACACCGUGGCUACUAUUCCUGGCAUUGUGGUGCCUAUUUUUGUAGGCUACGUAACGGACGGCAAUCAAACUAUAUCAGCUUGGCGCAAAAUAUUCUUCACAACAAUAGGGUUGUACGCAAUUGAAUUAGUGACUUAUACAAUAUUCGGUUCUGGCGAGGAACAGCCCUGGAAUAAGGUGGAAACGGAGACAGAAGAAAGGGAAACGAAGCCCUUAAGAAAAUAAUGGAACUGAGGGAAUCUCUACCCUAAAUAAAAAGGGUAUAAAGUUAAAAAU